AGCUAAUGUGCAUUGGCAUGUACUCAGCCUCAGCAGAGCAUAGUACGGUGUAUGUUAAGCUGGUUACGGGAACCGCCAUAGCGUGGUCGCUGUCGCACGUUGGGUUAGACUUAACUGAGUCUCGGUCAAAUGGAUGGACGACUCAGAGGCAGUAAGUUGGGGUCAUCAAUGACAAGUCGGAUGAUUUUACUCACUCAUCCAGCCAGGAGUUGGAUCUUUAUGAUUUAAUUGGAACUCUGUUCCUAACCAAAGUAGUCUGCUUGUAAGACGUGCCUCAGCCAAUUACAAGUACGGUGAAAAGGUGUCAUGGUCCGAUUGUAGUAAUAUUGUUCGCCCAACACCAGACCAAGAGCUGAGAGCCCGGCUCAUCAGUUGGAACUAUGUUCCUACCUAAAUAGUUGUCUUGUGGAGUAACGCCCAAGCGGAACGCAAGAUAAUGAAAUAUGGAUCUUGGCCCACUAGAGGUUUCGCCGGAAAUCUCCGAAUCAAUAUCGAGGGUUAUUGAUUUGUUAAAAAUAGUGGGAGAUAAUUAAUUAAAGGCCUAAUUAAUUAUUAAACAUGAUAGAUAACCUAGUUUGCAAAAUUUUCUGUAGAUGGCAAACAACAACAACCCUUUCAACCUGCGAUAUGUUCUAGAAAAGGAAAAAUUAUCUAGAACCAACUUUCUUGAUUGGGAGAUGAAUCUUAAGAUUGUUCUCGAAUGCGAGAAAAAGCUCUACGUCCUUACCUCUGAGCCUCCCAAAGCUCCUGAAGCGAACGCCCGUGCUACAGAAAUUACUUCGUACAAGAAGUAUGAAGACGAUGCACGUGAUGUGAGAUGUCUCAUGCUAGCCACCAUGACCCCGGAGCUCCAAAGGCUCCAUAAGGACAUGGAAGCUCAUCCUAUGAUGAGUCGCUUGAAAGGUCUAUACCAAGGCCAGGAUAGACAUGAGCGUUUCAAAAUCUCUACGACUCUGUUUUCCAGUAAGCUGGCAACGGUGAACUUCUACAUGAACAAACUAGAGAUGACUGUGCCUGAGCUAUUGAAAUUCCUCACAACUGCUGAGGAGAGUCUAGGGAAAGGCAAGGGUAAGUCUGUCAUGAUGGUAGAGGGCAGUACUAUUGCGAAGAAGAGUGGGCCACGUUCGCCGGCCGGGACCAAGCGCAAGGGUUCUAAGAAACCCAAGCCAGCGUCCAACUCCUCUUCGUUAAAACCCAAAGAAGGAGCUAAAAAGAAGUCUGAUGUAUGCUAUUAUUGUGGCAAAAAGGGCCACUGGAGGCGCAACUGCGCAAAAUUACUGGUAGAGAGGAAAGAGGGAAAGAAACCUCAAACCUCAGGAUCUACAUGAACAUAGACAAUUGACGGAGGGAGAGAUACAACUAAAAGUCGGCAAUGGCGCACUCGUAAAUGCAUUAGCCGUCGGAACCUAUAGUUUAUCUCUACCUAGUGGUCUUGUAUUGCAGUUAAAUAAUUGUCUGUUUGUACCCAUCAAAUUUGAUAAAUCAGUGAAUGACUUAAUGGAUACAAGUUGGAUUUUAUUAAUCCCUUGCAUUAAGUUUAGACAUUGAGACAAAGGGAUACAGUUACACGGAGUCUUAGUCGUGGAAAGGUUUUGACGGUG